UAUAUAUCCCUUCGUUUCCUCCCCAUUGUGACACUCCAAGGACAACUUCAACUCGCCUCUCUCUCUCUCUCUCUCUUGAAGGAGUGAGUACAUAGGCAUAUGACGAGGCCCGGAGUCGGGUCGAACACAAGCAACACCGCCACCUCGGCCGUGCCGCACUCGGCAUGGCGCUCUCCGGUCACCUACCUCUUCGGCGGGCUGGCGGCGAUGCUGGGCCUCGUCGCCUUCGCCCUCCUCAUCCUCGCCUGCUCCUAUUGGAAGCUCUCCGACUACCUGAGCACCGACGGCGCCGACGCUGACGGGGGGGAGGCCUCGGGAGACGCCGCGAAGCCCCCGCCCCUCUGCGACAAGAGCGUCGUCGUCGUCAUGGCCGGCGAUUGCAAGCCCAGCUUCCUUGCCACUCCCGUCGCCUGGCACGCCGCAGCGAGUGGGAGGAAGAUGGAAGCCUCGGUGAGCUCACCUAGGCGUGACGCGAUCCCAAUCCAACGUGAAUUGGACCGCAACAGAGAAGAAAGCGGAAACCCGCAGUAGUAGUCUCGUUCUUCUUUGUUUCUUGUACUUUUAGAGGAAAAGAAGGGUCUUAAUUAUAAAUUCAUAUCACAACAAGUAACAAUUUGAGAUGUUUGACCCAAAAAGAAGAAGAGGGAAAAACUGAGUACGAGGAUGAGGAGAAGGGAAGGAAGAGGUAGAAGAAGAGAGUAAGACGCGUGUGUCAGCACUUCGGUUUCUUGAUGAGCUACAAGACACACUUCCCUUCAACGGUUGAGCUCAUCAAAAGGCUUUGGAAGUGAGAUAUGAUGAUGAGCUCUUGACAUUUUUGUUUACGUUACAGACUUGCAUGAACAGUGUGUGAGAACAAAAGUCUCAUGCAGUUAUCUAACCACCAGAUAACACGUCGACAACGGAUUCAUAUAUGCCACGCGCAAUCGCUCCAAGAUCAGGAACGCUCCAGAAAUGCCUUUCGGGAAUCUCA